AUGGAUAUCAACCGCGUACCCGGCUUCCGUCCUACCAAGAACUCCAUUCCAUCCAGUUCGGACGAAGAAGGGCAGGAGGCAACUGGAGAAAAUCGUGCUCAGUCGACCGAGCUCAAGGAAGAAACCGACGCCCAUGCAGACACACUUGUGUUACUCCAACGAGUCCAGUACUCAGAGCAUCGCAUGGCUGAGCUCCUAGCUUUGGUGACCCAAUUUGCAAAUGGCCAACGCGAUUUCCACAUAUCAACCCUGGAAGUUAUUGAGAACAACGUCAAAGACAUCGAGGGGAAGACUUGGAGAGAUCAAACUAUCAAAGUAGACUUGAGCAGGUACAUCGGUCGAUUGAUGAGAAGGACAGAGGGAUAUUCAACUGAGAUGGCAACAAAGGUUUUGCAGUUGAGUGACGCUCUCGGUUCAUCAGCUUGUGACGUGGACGCUACACUCGAACGAAACAGUCUAGAGUCGUAUGACUGGUGCAAGACAAAAACACUUCGAGAAGACUUCCCAAAAGACAGCCCGGUCAUACCUCAAGCGAUUGUCAUACCAAACGCCAAAGGAGCCAGCUAUGGGGUGAGUGAUGUCUUCAAGAGAACGCAGGGAUAUCGGGACUUGGCCAACCAGGAAGACUCCGACGGCGGUUCAGAUUUCGUUAGCGACAAGCUUAGCAGCAACACGGGUAGCUCUCCUACAAGCGCCAUCGACUCUGACCAAGAAGGCCCAGACGAAAUGUUGGCUGGGUUGUUGAAGGAGGUCAAAGCUACAAAGUCAGAUAAGGCUACCGAUUUGACUUACUAUCUCAAACAAAGGCGGCUUGAGCUAGCGAACACUGAUCCAGUUAACCGGGAGCAAAACAUCAACAAGUCCACAAGCUCUGAUACAGAUAGCGACUCGGAGAGUAAGACAUACGAAUCGAAGAAAAAGUUGAACAGCUCGGACGAUGAAGCAUCUUCGACCAGGUCAAUGUCGGUUUCGGUGAAGUUGAGGAAGCGAAAACUUGCCCGAAUCUCCGGUUUGAGUUCAAUUAAGCAGCCACCCGCACGUCCUGGCAAGAGGCAGAAACGUUCGACCAGCCACAGCAUCAAAGAAGAAGGAACAAAUUCGGAUUCCAGUCGGUCAGACGAUCAACGCGUGGUGCCGCCCAAACGAGCCCGCAAACCAUAUGCUAGGGCCAAGUCAGCGGAAGAUACUGAAAAGCUCGUGUAG